GAAGUCCCCAGGUAUGCAUGAUGGCUUUUCUUGUAUAUUAGACUGACAGUAGGCGCCCGCGAUGUUCUUUGCUCGUUGCUCCCUCCUUCUCGUCUCUUUCUUUCACCAUCCAUAAGACUCGUUGAUUUGAGUGGUAGACAUCAUUCCAAGUCCUACAGAAAACAAUGUCGGCGGGGCAUUCUGAGCCUCAGGUGCUCUACAGCGUCAACAACAUCUCCGCCUUUGCGGUCCAAAAUGGCGAAGAACAUGCCAUCACCACUUCUGGGCCGCAGACUUUGUCUCUCCUGAUGGUGCCAACUGCGUCGCCUUUCACAGAUCUGUCCACCACUGAGCCUACCAGCGCAGCCCCUGAAGAAGAUUUCUACCUCCAUCUUCACCUGCCUCCCGAACUCGAUCUGCCUUUGCCUGCAACCACACAGAUCUUCCAUAAGCCACCAAGCAGCUACUUGAUUCCGCGAUGGGAUCUAGGUCCUGAAGCUGGCGCCUUCAUUCGCAUACAAUUCCCUUCGGUCGGCACUGGCCCUGGAAAGGUCACACAAGAGGAGGUAGACACGUUCGAAACGAUUCUUGCUCAAUGUACGGCGUUUCUCGAAAGAGCUCAGUCAACGCCUCCUGGUUUUGAACGUUACAACCCACAAGACUACAGGCCGGGAGAAGGAUACAUCACUUCUGCGGACAGAGAAAAGAAUCGUCCCCCUCAGCAUGGUCAGAUUGUCCUCAUUGACGAAGAGAAUGGCAGUGUGAUUGGAGAACUUGGAGACAAUUAUGAUGUCGUCGAGGCCUCUACUGUUAGGCCUGGAUCAAAACGUCCUGUCCAAAUUCAACUGCCUAUUGAAGGGCAAGGCAAUCAAAUUCGAGUCGACAAUGUUUCCGAGGAGUACCUUGCGAUAUCAAAACAUCCGGCUUAUGCUAAGUCGACCAUUGUACAGUCCUCUGCGACCGCCUCGAGGUUCAUAGUGACAAGCUCGAGCUAUCUGGCCGAUAAGAUGUCAUCAGGAGCAAAUUCAUUCCAGCAAAAGACACAGCCCAAUCAAAAGCCCAUGACAUUUUCUCCAGCAACCCAUGCUCGCAUUCGACAGAUCCACUCCUUCACCCAAGGCGCUGUCGGAUUGAGUACUAAGACUGUUGGUCAGCUGGGCCGAUAUGCCCAGAACUUCGGCGCUAGGAUGGCUGGGAAAGGCGAGAAGAACAAAAAAGAUCCAAGCAAGGACUUCAAACCUGGAUUCCUGAACAAAUCCAUGAUUGCUUUCUCAACCAUUGCCGAUGGCAUCGACCAGGCUGGACGCAACCUCCUUGCAUCUGGCUCGGCGGCAGCCACCAACGUGGUGGGUCACAAAUACGGCAAAGAGGCGGGGAAUGUCAUGCACGGCCUUGCAGGAGGUGUAAAGAACGUCGGCCUUGUCUACAUUGACGCGAUGGGCGUCUCAAGACGUGCCGUCAUCAAGUCGGUGGCCAAAGGCAUGGUGGUUGGAAAGAUGCCGAAUGGGCAGCAACUGGUGGUGGGAGCUGGAGAUGGUGGCGUAGUCCCAGGUGAAGCACUUCCUCCUGAUGCUAAGCAGCACGACCUUUACUCCCCAGAUGUUUAUGGCGGUGCAACACAACCUGGUGUUAGCAAACCUGGCUAUGGAAUCGAGAGCUACGGAAAUGCCGCGAACGAACCCCCAUCAUAUUCCUCGGGCGUAGGAGAGCCUCUAGGCUCAACGUUGCAAGGGCAAAAUGUGAGGGAAAAGCGAUGAGACAUGAUGCUGAGGGCAUGAAUAAAUACUCUGUACGGACGAAAAUGAUUAUUCGGCUUGAUUUUUACGAGGUAUAGAAGCUCGCAAACGGUGUUCCAGGACUCUGAUCAUUCUGAACCAAUCUUGACUCGAGUUGACUUGUUAGAGCUCGACCAGGAUAUUGCCAGGAGCUCGAAUGCGUUGUACACGACAAGUUGCAGAUGCAAAAGCUACGUCGGUGUUUCACUUCCUCGAUGCGGCUUGGUCUGAUGAGAUGGCAUGCAUGACAUUUUGACCAUCGGAAGUGGCUGAAAUUGACGCCAGGGCUUCUCUCGGUUCGCGUGCAGCCGUACGGAGUAGGUUUGGUUCGCUUUAUUGACUGAUCUCAGGUCUGGAAGCCGACGAAA